UAGAGAAACUACAAAGAGUUACUUCAUAUGAAACUCCAAACAAUGAGGUAACUUUUUUUUCGGAAAUUAAAAUUAAUGUUUAUCUAGUUCUUGAUUCAGUUUUGAGUUGUCAAGUAAUUUUGGAAGAUGUUAUACAUAUUUAGGCUUGCCUUCCUAAUUUUUGUUGUACUUGCACAGACUGACACAACUCCAUUUCAUGAGACGGCUUCCAGACAAGGUGAAGCCAAUGCAGAUCAAGCAGAUGAACAACUUAACAAUGAGGAUACACGAGAGCCUAUGAAUGAGAUCACGAAAGAGACACCUGGUUCUCCAAUAGCUCAACAGAAUAUUGAGACUCCAGUCCUUACUCCAAUUCAGACGCAGCAGGAGACUCACGAGCUUAUGAAUGAGAUCAUUUCACCAAACAUUUCCGACACACAGCCAAAUACCCGAGCUCGCAGAAAUCUUUUAACAGAGCAAAAUAAGGAUGUAGAAAGCAGAGUUCAAAAUCCCUUUGAGAUCGGAGCAAAUGUGGAGAUUUCAUCACAAGAUGACAAUACUUGUCAUAAAUGGUAUCCAGGAAAUGUGUUGGCAACAUAUUUGGUUGAUGGGGUUGAGAUGGUGAAAGUUGAGUACUUCGUCCCGUCUCUGGACGAAAAGAAGAGGAAAAGGAGUGUUGAGACACGUGUAUCAAUUGACAGAAUACGUCCUCAACCACCACCUGAGAGAUCUGGAGCGAAGAAAAGUUAUGAGCUAAUGCAGGACGUGGAGGCGUUCGACAAUGGUGCCUGGUGCGCUGGAAAAGUUAAAGUCAUUUUGUUUGAUGGCUCGUGUUUUGUCUCUUUGAACAAUUCUAAAAACAAAUUUACUUCCACCAUUCUGAGAUGCGAAAACCAAGAAAAUGGGUAG